CCAUAUGUAAAUCAGCUGGUGUCGAACUGUCAAAAUUGGUACAUUCUUCCUCCGUGAUAAACAAAAUAAAUCACAAAUAUUCCGAAAAAAUGUCGCGAUUUAGUGGAGCAUUACAAUUAACUGAUCUGGAUGAUUUCAUCACACCGUCGCAGGAAUGCAUCAAACCAGUUCCUAUAGAAAAGACCAAGUCGAAAACGGGAGCUAAAAUUGUAAUACAAGGAGAUGGUUAUUAUGAAGAAACUGAGGCUGGUAAACAAAAAUUGCAAAAAGUUGAGAUUACGCUUCAAGACUGCCUCGCUUGUUCUGGUUGCAUCACUUCAGCCGAAGGUGUACUUAUUACGCAGCAAAGUCAAGAAGAAUUGUUGAAAGUAUUGCGUGAAAAUAUUGCCUUAAAAAAUCAAUGUGCCAACGAAGGUAUACGCACAAUUGUUGUAACUAUUUCACCACAACCCGUAAUAAGCUUAGCUCAUCGAUAUGGGUUGCAGCCGGAAGAGGCAGCCAAACAUUUAAGUGGUUAUUUUCGUUCACUCGGCGCAGAUUAUGUGCUUAAUACAAAAAUCGCAGAUGAUCUAGCUUUGCUAGAGUGUCGAAAUGAGUUCGUCGAACGCUUUCGAGAAAAUUCAGGUGCUGAUGCAUCUGUCGCACCACCGCUACCAAUGCUUUCAUCUUCUUGCCCGGGUUGGGUAUGCUAUGCAGAGAAAACACAUGGUAAUUUCAUUUUGCCAUAUAUUGCCACUACACGUUCACCGCAGCAGAUAAUGGGUAUGCUAGUGAAACAAUGGUUUGCAAGAAAAUUAGAUGUAUCAGCAGAACAUAUAUAUCAUGUGACGGUUAUGCCAUGUUAUGACAAGAAACUAGAAGCCUCUCGUGAAGACUUUUAUAGUGAAGCGAAUAACUCGCGUGAUGUAGAUUGCGUUAUAACGGCAAUUGAAAUCGAACAAAUGCUUACAAGCGAUGAUACACCAUUACAUACAUUUCCGUUAGCCGAUAUUGAUUGGCCGUGGGGCAUACGUAGCCCCGAAACUGCUAUUUGGGCGCACGAAUUCUCUACUUCCGGCGGAUAUGCAGAUCACAUAUUUAAAUAUGCAGCUAAGGAAAUAUUUGAAGAAGUAGUGGAGAAACUAGAGUAUAAGAACUUAAGAAACCCAGAUUUUCGGGAAAUAACAUUAGAACGUGAUGGUCGCACGGUACUUAAGUUUGCUAUUGCUAAUGGUUUUCGUAAUAUACAAAAUUUAGUGCAGAAAUUGAAGCGUGGAAAGGCGCCCUAUGAUUUUGUUGAAGUCAUGGCGUGUCCAUCCGGUUGCAUUAAUGGCGGCGCACAAGUACGUCCUUCCACUAAUGUGUCGGUGCACGAGUUGAACCAACAACUAGAAGAACUGUACAAACAACUACCAAAAUCAAUACCAGAAAACGAAGAUACUAAACAAAUUUAUAAUAAAUUCUUCGAUGGUUCACAUAGUGACAAAGCAAAAAUGUUAUUACACACCAGUUAUCACGCAGUGGAAAAAAUGAAUACUGCGCUUAAUAUCAAAUGGUAAAUUGUUUUAUUGUUUAAUCAUACUUAAAAAAUGUAUAAAAAUGGGGAUUUUAUAUGUGAGAGCUAUAUAAAUGUAGUAUUAAAAAAAAAUAAUAAAACUUCAAUCUAAAUAUUUUAAAU